AUGUUUGGAAUCAUUGCAGUUGGAGCGAAAGCCUGCCAUGUUUUAGUGCCUGCAACCAAACUUCUAGCCAUAGCAACAACAUCUUGUGAACUGAUCCAUAAGCCAGCAUGUACCCCACUGAGAACAUUUUCUGUAAGUCCGACAUUUAGCAAAAAGUAUGAAGACUGUGAUAAAGGUAAUCCAUGGAACAAAAAGGAUACUCAUAAAAAUGGAAUGAAUGUAACAUAUCAACAGAUAAAAAAGUCUUUUGGGAAGAGAAACGAGACAUUAUGCUGUCCAAAGUGUGGAAGUCAAAGUACGUUCAUGGAGGCCAUCACCUAUUCCGUACCAUUUGUAAAAUGCAAAAAAUGUCAACAAUUUUUUUUGAUGGUGGGAUCAAAGAAAUCUCCUGAAAACAGCUACAAAGAUGUAGAAUUGUUGUAUACAACUGAUAAAAGUGAAUGUCAAGUGAAUCUACCAACACCGAAAGAAAUCCAUCGAUUUUUGAAUCAGUAUGUUGUUGGUCAACAUGAAACAAAGAAAGUUCUCUCAGUGGCUGUCUACAAUCAUUACAAACGACUCAACAACAACAUUCCAUCUGAAGUUGCACAGCACUCUGAGGUUUAUGGUAAUAGUUACCCCAAUUCUUCUAAAGAACUGCUACAAUUAACAGGAUUGAUUCCACCUUCACCUUAUUUAUCACAACAGUCAUUACCAAGACGUUUCCGCAAGAAUUUUGAAUCUGAUCAUGACACUGUUCAUCUAGACAAAAGUAACAUCAUACUGCUUGGACCCACUGGCUCAGGGAAAACAUUGUUGGCCCAAACACUAGCCAAGUGCUUGGAUGUACCAUUUGCUAUCUGUGAUUGUACUUGUCUAACACAAGCUGGAUAUGUCGGUGAAGAUAUUGAAUCGGUUAUUGCUAAGCUACUGCAGAAUGCAAACUUCAGUGUCGCAAGAGCUCAACAAGGAAUUGUGUUUCUUGAUGAAGUGGAUAAGAUUGGAGCAGUUCCAGGAAUACACCAGCUUCGUGAUGUAGGAGGAGAAGGUGUGCAGCAAGGUUUGUUGAAAAUCAUGGAGGGAACAAUCGUAAAUGUCCCAGAAAAAAACUCGAAGAGAUAUCGUAUGGAUACCAUUCCGGUGGACACUACCAACAUUCUUUUUGUUGGUUCAGGAGCUUUUAAUGGACUAGAGAGAGUAAUCAGCAGGAGGAAAAAUGAAAAGUACCUAGGAUUUGGUGCAAUGUCUAGCCUGGGCACUGGCCGUCGAGCUGUGGCCUCAGCUGGCCUGGCUAAUUCCUCAGGAGUGAAUAUACAAGAAGAGUCCCAAGAGAGAGACAAAUUGCUUUGUAGUGUGGAGGCUAGAGACCUGGUAGAAUAUGGAAUGAUUCCAGAAUUUGUAGGACGAUUUCCAGUGGUUCUUGUGCUUCAUAGUUUAAACGAGGACAUGUUGGUUCGUAUUCUGACAGAACCACAAAAUGCAAUAAUAACGCAGUACAAGAUGCUGUUUGACAUGGAUAAGUGUCAGUUUUCUAUUACGGAAGCAGCUUUGCGUGCUAUUGCGCGUAAAGCAAUUGAAAGGAAUACAGGGGCCAGAGGAUUGAGAUCAAUCAUGGAACAAUUACUGAUGGAACCUAUGUACGAGAUUCCUAACUCAGAUAUUGUAAGCUUUCAUGUGGAUAAGGAUGUUGUUGAGGGUAAGAAGGGUCCCCAGUAUGUUAGAACACCAGCAAACCUUGAAGACAACCACAAGUUUAGUCGCCAUGAUCAUGGCUGGAUUAAAAGAAUUGAUACCAACAAAUGAUCGGCCAC